AUGUUCGCCGCCAUGUUUACCACUAUUCUCCUAUGCGCCCUCUUGGGAAGCGCCGCGGCCAGCGCCACGCCCACACCCAGUCCCACCACCACCGCAGACCCCAGCGUCCAGACUCAAGUCCGCGCCCAAACCUUCAAAGAAGCCGAAUGCGGCGGCGCCUACGAGUUCCUCUGGAUUGAUCCAAAUGUCUGCUAUGGGCUUUCUGAUGGGGUGAAGAGCAUCAGGGUUGUGGGCAAGGAUGGGGAUAUUAAGUAUAACGCUCUGAACACCUACCCCAAGCCCAACUGCGGCGGCGGUUUCACUCUCCUCCCGAUCUACGGAACCAAGACCUGCUUCUCUGUUGGUCUGGAUGUGUCUAUCAAGUUGAGCAUUGGUCAGGAUCCCUGA